AUGUUGCCGAAGCUCUUCUCCUCAUCCCUCGGCUCGUAUUUAGCGACGCUCACCGUCGUGCUGGGUUUCCUCUCGCAGAUAACGCAAGCUCUGGACAGGAAAAAGGUCACCGAGGUCUUCAAAGUCAAGGAAGGCACUGAGAAUGGUGGCUGUGACAACCAUCUCAUCGAUGUGUGGUUCGACGAAGCGUUUGAUCUCGCCAACCAUGUGGACGAGUGUUUGAAGGCCGCUCAAAAUGCUCUGGAGGAAAAAGAUCUGGAACACGACAAGGACUUGGACGAUGUGCUCGCAGCCUUUGUUGACGAUGAGGACAAUGAAGAGGACGACAAGCCACGGCUCUUUUGUGACAGCACGUUUGCUCUUGGUGAGAGCCCCGCCUCCCUUCUGACUGGUGCGAUAUUGACAAUUCACGGUACAGAGAGGGAAUGGGACGAUGCAGCUCUAGAAGAAGGCACAGGCAAUGAGUAUCCAUUGGAGCUAGUCAACGGCAGCCUUGUAGAGAAAAAAAUCGAACAAGCUCAGGCAGAGUGGUACAACGACAUCUUUAAAGAGAGAGAAGAGGACAUAGAGAAGGAGGAAGACGAGGCAAAAAGGGAAGCACUGCCCCCCCCCUGGUACCCAUUUUGGGUGGACCACUUGAAGAUGUAUCGCUUCGAUGUGAAGGGGGACUACUGCUCUGUGCCCGACAACAUGGCCGGUACUGAAGACCAACGACAGCCAACGAUCGUCACUCUCUGUCCUCAGAACUUCAAGAAAGAGAAAAACAAGGUGUGGUAUAAGAAACUUGACGAUAUCCCUGAAGUGAAAAAACAAGGACGUUCUAUUGGAACUAUUUCCUUACCGUCUCUCACCAUUUUCCACGAAAUGUUUCACGUCACCUUAUUGACCAAGCACACGCCUGACACUACAUAUAAACUCAGCCAAAUCACCAGGGACAAAGCACUUAAGGGGAACACGUUUAUAUCGUCGGAGCAGUCGCGUAGGAAUCCAGAAUCCUGGACUCUCUUUGCAUUGGCAUGGGAGAUGGGGUUAAGGAACCCUAAAUUCACAUUUGCCACUACAAAGGCUGUGAAAAAGUAA